AUGCACAUUGUCGAUGACGUGUCUGCCAGAGUUCACCCAUCAGCGCCAUCCUUGAAUGAGUGUCUCAACGCUGGUCCCAUGCUACAGAAAAAACUCUGGGAUGUACUUGUUCGCCAGUGCUGCUACCCAGUUCCAGUGACCAGAGAUUUAAAGAAAGCGCUUUUGCAGGUGUGGAUCAGAGAACUGGACAGGGAUGCACUUAGAUUUCAUUGGAAGAAAAAUGAACACUCACUGCUUGAAACACUAAGGUUGGCCAGAGCGCUGUUUCGCCUGACCUGUUUGCCGUUUCUACUUGGGGGAGUGCUAGAGUGUCAUCUUGGAACAUGGGAAUCAAAGAUGCCAGAGUUGGUGGUGGAGUUCCGUAGAAACCUUUACGUGGAUGACUUGCUAUCAGGGGGAGUGACAGUACAGCAGGCACAGUACCGCAAGGAGCAGGCUAUUGAAAUCUUCGAUGACGCAGGUUUCACCUGA